UGCAUGUGAAGUGCAGCUCAUUAGCAGGGCAUAGCAGUUUUCUAACAAAAGAUUCUCUCUAUUAUUUCUUCUGGUGUUGUGUCCGAUAGACGAUAGAGAGUGAAGUGAGAAGAGAGAAGAAACUGAUCAUAUUGAGAGUUGAGACUAAUAUGGAGAGCACUUUGAAGGAUAUUAGAGAUGGAGCUUCGGUUCUGGACAUGGACCCGAAAUCCACGGUCGGUGGCGGCGUUGAGGACGUGUACGGCGAGGAUCGUGCCACGGAGGACCAGCUCGUCACCCCUUGGACCUCCUCAGUCGCCAGUGGAUUUUCUUUGCUGAGAGAUCCUCAAUACAACAAAGGACUCGCAUUUACUCAGCAAGAGAGAGACGCUCAUUACUUGCGUGGUCUUCUUCCUCCAGCUACUGUCUCUCAGCAACUUCAGGAGAAGAAGUUGAUGGAAAGCAUCCGACAAUACCAAGUACCUCUCCAAAAAUACAUUGCCAUGAUGGAGCUUCAGGAGAGAAAUCAAAGGCUAUUCUACAAACUUCUCGUUGACAAUGUUGAGGAGUUGCUACCAGUUGUUUACACUCCAACUGUUGGGGAGGCUUGCCAGAAAUAUGGAAGCAUAUUCAAGCGUCCUCAGGGUCUUUACAUCAGUUUGAAUGAGAAGGGCAAAAUUCUGGAGGUACUGAAGAAUUGGCCAGAAAGGAGUAUUCAAGUUAUUGUUGUGACUGAUGGUGAGCGUAUUUUGGGACUUGGGGACCUUGGUUGUCAGGGUAUGGGAAUUCCUGUAGGGAAAUUGGCUUUGUACACAGCACUUGGAGGUCUUCGUCCUUCAUCUUGCUUGCCUAUAACUAUCGAUGUGGGGACGAACAAUGAGCAGUUGUUAAAUGAUGAGUUCUACAUUGGUCUUAGACAAAAGAGAGCAACUGGGCAGGAAUAUGCGGAUCUUUUGCAGGAGUUCAUGACUUCUGUCAAGCAGAACUACGGGGAAAAAGUUAUUGUACAGUUCGAAGAUUUUGCAAAUCACAAUGCUUUUGAGCUGCUAGCAAAAUAUGGAACCACUCAUCUCGUCUUCAACGAUGAUAUUCAGGGCACAGCAUCUGUCGUUCUUGCAGGAGUUGUUGCAGCAUUGAAGUUGAUUGGUGGUUCCUUGGCUGAUCACAAAUUCUUGUUCCUUGGUGCUGGUGAAGCGGGGACUGGUAUAGCAGAGCUAAUAGCUCUUGAGAUAUCAAAGCAGACAAAAGCUCCUUUGGAAGAGACUCGUAAGAAGAUCUGGCUUGUGGAUUCAAAGGGAUUGCUUGUUAGCUCUCGUAAGGAAUCACUUCAACACUUCAAGAAACCUUGGGCUCAUGAACACGAACCCAUUAAGGAUCUCCUAUCUGCAGUCAAGGCUAUUAAACCAACGGUUCUUAUUGGAUCAUCUGGGGUUGGAAGAGCGUUUACAAAGGAAGUGAUUGAAGCUGUCACCUCCUUCAAUGAGAAACCUCUCAUCUUGGCUCUUUCAAACCCAACUUCACAGUCAGAAUGCACAGCUGAAGAAGCUUACACUUGGAGUGAGGGUCGUGCAAUUUUCGCAAGUGGAAGUCCAUUUGAUCCUAUUGAGUACAACGGGAAAGUCUACUAUUCUGGACAGGCCAAUAAUGCUUACAUUUUCCCUGGAUUUGGUUUGGGGUUAGUCAUCUCUGGUGCAAUCCGUGUGCAUGAUGAGAUGCUUCUAGCAGCCUCCGAAGCCUUGGCAAAACAAGUCAAGGAGGAGAAUUAUGAAAAGGGACUGAUCUACCCACCAUUUUCUAUCAUCAGAAAAAUCUCCGCGGAAAUUGCUGCUAAUGUUGCUGCUAAGGCAUAUGAACUGGGUUUGGCUACUCGUCUGCCUCGUCCCGGAAACCUUGUCAAGUAUGCCGAGAGCUGCAUGUACACUCCGACUUAUCGCAGCUACCGUUGAAAAGCCUUAUGCGGCCAGUGUUCAACAGUUUCUUGCAAUAAUCAUGGCAGUGUGUUUUAUCAUUUCUGUCAUCAAAGAAUAAAAGAUUUGAUAAUACAUGUCUGUUAUCACUUGUGUAAUGUGUCGUGUGUCUAAGUCCAUAGUGAGGGUGGUGUUUUUUUUUUUUUUUUUUUUUUUUUUU